AUAAAAGCAAACAGACGUGUAGUAAGUAACUCCAGUAGCGAUGUUUACUCGAUCAGGUACUGACGUUGUAAAAAGAAAACUUUUAUGUGAGAUCAGAUUAAAGUAACAGUUCAAUAGGAUGGUUGUAAUUAAAACUUUUUUAAUGAAGUUUAUAAUUUUCUCUGGUAUUAUAAAUCGAACGUUGUCAGAUGAAAAUAUUAACGUCUUAGAAAAAACAGGACAUCAGUCAUUUUUGCAGUUAUUAAUAGGCAGUGAUGAAACAAUUCCGAAACAACUCAUAGGUAAAAUUGAAGAAUUUAUUGCGCCAACUUCAAAAAAUUCUACAAAUGAUCUGUGUAGAAACCACAGUGACAUAUACAUAGAUGGAUUAAGAAAUGGUAUACCAUGGGCUUACCGGAUGUUGGAUUCUUCGGCCAAACUAGAAGCUGGAAUCCUGGUGGGAAAUUUGUUUUCAAUAGGGAACUUUGACGAAUGCAUCGGAGUGACGGAUGUACAGACAGAUUUGGGCCCAUUUAGUGGAAAACACUGCCUAGCAAAGCUCACGUGGGAGAAUGACACAUUUAUGUCCACAAGAAGAUUUAUAGCACUGCCUGGCGUUCAGAAUUCUGUAACGCUGCAGUGGGGAUUCUGUAUUCCAUCCACGUGUCGUGCUGAAGAUCUGGUUGCCGGUCUGAGCGCCAUUUUACACCAUGACGUCACUAUAGAUGUCAGCGAAUUGAACUGCCAUACCAACAAAGAAAAAGAAUUCAGAGCGAUCGACUGGGUGACCAUUGCAGUAUUCGUCUUUUUUGGGUUAAUCGUCGUUCUGAGUACCUCGUACGACCUUCUGAAGAAAGAUUCAAGGAGGGAAAUACUUAUCGCAUUUUCACUGUACACUAAUGGCAUGAAGCUGCUGGUUACACAGCCGUCUGCAGAUACGCUGCCCUGUCUACAUGGCAUUCGCUUUUUGAGCAUCUGGUGGGUUGUACUGGGUCACAGAUACAUGAUAUCAAUGGAUGUACCGGCCAUAAAUCAGCUGAUUGCGUACAGCUAUGUCAAAGAGUGGAGCUCGAUACUCAUCGUGAACAGUGUCCUGGCCGUCGACACUUUCUUGCUUCUGAGUGGACUCCUGGUGACCUACGUGUGGCUCAGAAACAUGGAAGGACACCAAGAGAAGUGCUUCAACGUCCCACUUUUCUAUCUACACCGAUACAUUAGAUUGACACCUCCGUUAGCCGUGAUGGUGUUACUGCAAUUGAGUCUCAUAGACCAUCUGGGUACAGGACCUUUGUGGGACAAAAAUAAUCAUUUGCUCACUGAGAUGUGCAUGGAAAAUUGGUGGUCCGCCCUGCUGUACGUGCAGAACUACGUCAGCGGUGACAGGAUGUGCGUCGCCCACAGCUGGUACUUGUCCGUGGAUAUGCAGCUCUUCUGGAUCUCACCGCUAAUACUAUGGCCGAUGCUGAAAUGGCCCCGGAAGUUAAAUCUCCUGCUUCUGGGAGCGCUCGUCGCUGGAGGAAUUGUCUGCUCAUUUACAGUGACCUACGUCAAUAGAUUUCCAGCAGGCGUCUUGGCUGGAGUGGGUCCUGAAUGGGAAGAUAAAAAUAAAUACGAAUACGUGACGACUCAUACACGAUGUACUCCUUGGAUUAUCGGACUCAGUCUGGGAUACAUUUUACACAAUACCAAGAACAAGGUCCGUUUAACCGAGCUGCAAGUUUGUGGAGGAUGGCUUCUGGCAGCAGUGGGCUUCCUAGGCGCCCUGUAUGGUUUGCUACCCUUCCAACAGCCGGACUACGUCUACGAUGCUCUCGAAUCUUCUCUGUACAAUUGUCUGCACCGCGCUAUUUGGUCCGUAUCUGUGGGAUGGAUUAUCUUCGCUUGCGUUAAGGGAUAUGGAGGCCCCGUGAACAAGAUUCUGUCAUGGGGAGCUUUCCACCCGUUCAGUCGUCUUACAUAUUGUAUUUACCUCGUCCACUACCCCUUCAUGUCCUAUCGUCAGAGCACAACCAGGACACCCGUGUACUUAAAUAACAUAAACACUAUGUCGCAGUCUCUCAGUGACAUGGUUUUUUCGAUUCUGCUUGCCGCUCUCAUGUCACUCGUGUUCGAAAUACCGGCGAUAACAAUUAAAAGAAUCCUUCUGCAAAAAGAUAAAACGCAACUUAAUGGGAAAACUGACAUGUCGCGUGUUGUUUCAAAGAGAUCAAUUGAAGAAGGGACUAUAAACCAGGAAUUUAAAGCCCAAGAUCGUUGAAUAUUCGGUGGCAAAUAAAGGAUGACGUAUGCCGUACGAAGCACGAAUCGCAUUGUUCAAGAAACUAUGGCGUGGUCUUGAUGAUUUAUAAAGAAACAGAGAUGAAAGCAAGAGGAAGAUUACUUUUUAUUAAAGGAAAUGAUGGAAUAUGUAGCCGAUCACUUAAAUUAUCACAUAUUUAUUGCACAAUUUUUAUGUCUUAGGAAUAUUCCCACGACUUUUACGGGAUUUACAAAUCCUGUUAAAGUUAUGAUGGGAAGCUGUAAUUUAACAACAGUUUGCAUAAAGAAAUAGUUUAUUUUUAUAAACUUACUAGUUACAGAAUCUAAAAUUUUGUUCAUCGUAAAUACUGAGUGUCCAUUUAAUUAUCCCCUCAUUUUGGCCAUAUUAAUAUAAAAAUUUUGGCCAGUGUUUGAUCCAUUAAGCAGUUACGAAACGACUUAGGGUCUGAACGCGUAGGCAACAAGACUGAUUUAGCAUUUCGAAGAAAGAAAGUUUUAAAGGCCCAUUAGACUCAAUGAUUCCAAGUAACAAUUUUGUUCUUCAAAUACGUUGAAGGUCCAGUCUGACAAAAGCGCUGUACUUUAUGUGCACGAUGACAGAAUGACGAAAGUACUAAACAAAUUGCUGUAUGCUACGGUAUGACGUGAAUCAAUUCGCUCGUAUAUGUAAGAAGAAUUUUCUUAUGAUUACCCAAAUUAUUUUAACUUAUUUGAUGGAGAAGUGGGUGUUAGACUUUACUGUUUUCCUCCAAAAUAUUCUGGGAUAAAAGAUUGUAUUCAGAUUAUUAUAAUCCAGGUUUUGACUGAGGUAUGACCGAAGACUUGUGAAAUUAUAAGAAAUAACCUUAUUCAUAUUCCAAUUUUAUUACACAAAACAUUAUAUAAAAUGUGCCAGAUUUUUAAGAAUUACAAAGUACCAACUAUCUUUAUAAUUAUAUUUUAUGUAUUUUAUUCAUAAAUAAUUAUUCAACAAUAUCAAAUGUACAACACUUUUAAAGUGUUCAUAGACUCAUAUUCAGUACAUAAAUAAUACUCUUACAAUAAUACCUUCAAAUUUUGACUGAAGGAAAUUAGUUUCAAAUACAUAUUAAUGUAUAAUAAAUAAUCUCGAGUGCUUUGAUUGAAGUGAACCGGAAAUUCUAUUUUCUUUAUGCCGUAAAUUUGGCACAAUUAAA